AUCUGAGCAGCCGCCGGCCCGCGCUGACCCAGAGUGAGAAGGGGGCAAACAAGAAGAUGCCUCGGCCCGGCCGCAACACGUACAGUGACCAGAAGCCGCCCUACUCGUACAUCUCGCUGACCGCCAUGGCCAUCCAGAGCUCGCCCGAGAAGAUGCUGCCGUUGAGCGAGAUCUACAAGUUCAUCAUGGACCGCUUCCCCUACUACCGGGAGAACACGCAGCGCUGGCAGAACAGCCUGCGCCACAACCUCUCCUUCAACGACUGCUUCAUCAAGAUCCCGCGGCGGCCAGACCAGCCGGGGAAAGGCAGCUUCUGGGCGCUGCACCCCAGCUGCGGGGACAUGUUCGAGAACGGCAGCUUCUUGCGGCGCCGCAAGCGCUUCAAGGUGCUCAAGUCGGACCACCUGGCGCCCAGCAAGCCCGCCGACGCCGCGCAGUACCUGCAGCAGCAGGCCAAGCUGCGCCUGAGCGCCCUGGCGGCCUCCGGCACGCACCUGCCGCAGAUGCCCGCUGCCGCCUACAACCUGGGUGGCGUGGCGCAGCCCUCGGGCUUCAAGCACCCCUUCGCCAUCGAGAACAUCAUCGCGCGCGAGUACAAGAUGCCUGGGGGGCUGGCCUUCUCCGCCAUGCAGCCCGUACCCGCCGCCUACCCGCUCCCUAACCAGUUGACUACCAUGGGCAGCUCGCUGGGCACUGGCUGGCCGCACGUGUACGGUUCCGGCAUGAUCGAUUCGACCACCCCCAUCUCCAUGGCUAGUGGUGAUUACAGCGCCUACGGUGUGCCAUUGAAGCCGCUGUGCCACGCAGCGGGCCAGACGCUGCCCGCUAUCCCGGUGCCCAUCAAGCCCACGCCGGCCGCAGUGCCCGCGCUGCCUGCGCUGCCCGCGCCCAUCCCCACCUUGCUCUCGAACUCGCCCCCUUCGCUCAGCCCCACGUCUUCGCAGACAGCCACCAGCCAAAGCAGCCCCGCCACUCCCAGCGAAACGCUCACCAGCCCAGCCUCGGCCUUGCACUCAGUGGCGGUGCACUGACCCGCAGCGGCCGGCGCCCCCUCUUGUU